GCACAUGCUUUAACACUCUGCUAUAUUUUAACUACCCCAUCUCACGUACGGAUCUUAUAUGAUCUGACCCGGCGGUAUCGCAUACCGCCAUAAUGCCCGUGGCAGUGAUGAAUUCAGCCACAGAGCCGGUCGGCGAUUCUUCGCUGAAGAUCGUUGAAUCUGUGUCUUCUGCUCCUCACAAUUUCCUUCGGCCUACCUCAGACCUUUAUGCGUCUUCAGUCGCGUCCGCGAGGUAUUAUCUGGAUUCUCUGGCUGAAGCCGUAAGCUCAAUUCAGAGUGCGCGUCAACAGGAAAACAGAAAAAAGCGCAAGAGGUCGGAGCUGGGCGAAAGUUACACGGAAGAUGUCCUACGCUUGAAGCAGCUCCAUGUGGACGGAUUCAGUAUUGGUCAGAUUUGGGAACAAGCAGCGAGGAUACUAAACUCUACGGACAGGGAGAUUAAACGGGAUCUUUCUGUCGUGUCUGUUCCUGCUAGCGAAAGUGCAAGGGUAUCCAAGUCUGCUGCCAGAGAAGCGCCGUCGAAUGAUGAUGAUUUUGACUCGGACCAAGACGAUGAAGAUGAUGCCUCUAUCAUUUCUGGACAGUCGCAGGAGGAACUCGACUACAGUGGUGCCAGUGGAUCUGAAUCUGAACUGCAAGAAGAUGGCUUGGAGGAGUCGCAUAUGGGAAGCGAUGCCGAAGAAGCGUUGGACGAGGACAAUAUUGCCGCUUCGUCAGAUGAUGACGAGAAUCGCGAUUUCUACGUGGAAGAUCCACAUGGCUUGAACGACGGCUUCUUUUCCAUCGAUGAUUUCAACAAACAGACAGAGUUACUGGAGAGACAGGAUAUGAUGGGGGCCCCUGAUGAUGACGAUGACGACGAGGAAGAUAUUGACUGGCACGCCGAUCCCCUCACUCUGGGGCAGCCAUCGUCCAUUUCCAGGGGCAAGUCUUCUACGAGGGAAGAUGAAGAGGACGAGUCAGAUGAAGAGGAUGGCCCAACUUUCGGAAAUGCCAACCUCGAUGAGAUGUCUGACUCAGACAAUGAUGAUGGCGCUUACAUGGAUGCUGGCGGUGAUACUGCAUGGAUCGAUACGAGCAAUAUCAAAUACGACGACUUUUUUGCGCCACCACCGCGAAAGGUUUCCAAGAAACACAUGCGCGCCCUACCUAAGACACAGCCAGAGCCGCAGGAUAUCGAGAACGAGCUCGAGCGGGCAAUGGCAGAUGUCCGCCGCGACCUGUUUGAAGAUGAGAGUGAAGUUGAGGGAUCUGAGGCAGAAUCCGGUGCAGAGAGUCAGGAUGGAGCCUCUGGAAAUAUCCGCUCGACCCAUGAGAAGCAGCGGGCAAAGAUUGCGAGCGAGAUCCGGCGGCUGGAAGCGGAGAAUGUCGCAAAGAAAGAAUGGAUGGUUGCCGGAGAAGCACGAGCGACGGACAGACCAGUCAAUUCUCUGAUCGAGGAGGACCUAGAAUUUGAGCGAAUUGGCAAACCCGUGCCUGUCGUUACUCACGAGACCACCGAAGACAUCGAAGAGCUCGUCAAGCGGAGGAUUGUAGCCAAGGAAUUCGAUGAAGUGAUCCGUCGUCGCCCAGAUGCUAUAAGUGGGCCGCAUACCAAGAGAGGAAGAGUCGAACUUGAUGAUUCUAAGCCGCAGCAGAGUCUCGCUGAAUUAUACGAAGCCGACCACCUCCGUGCCACCGACAGCAGCUACGUCAGCCAAAAGGACAAGAAAUUGAAACGCGAGCAUGACGAAAUAACCGAGUUAUGGAAGAACAUAAGCAGUCAAUUGGACUCUCUUUCGAACUGGCAUUAUAAGCCGAAGACACCGCAAGCGACUAUCAACGUGGUUACAGACGUGGCAACGAUCACGAUGGAGGAUGCACGCCCGACAGCGGGCGCUGCUGUCAGCGGUCCUGGUGCAUUGGCUCCGCAGGAGAUCUAUGCUCCUGAAGGUAGCAACAAUGCCGGUGAAGUCGUCCUCAAGGGAGGUUCGUCUCUGGCCAAGGAUGAAAUGAGCCGAGAGGAGAAGCUCAGGCAUAGACGCCGCCAGAAGGAGAAGCAGAAGAAGGCAAAUGCCAAUGCUCCUCCCAGUCAGACUGGCAAGGCGGCGGAGAAGCAACGCGUUAUUUCAGACUUGAAGAAGGGUGAUGUCAAGGUGCUCGGUCAAAAUGGCGAGAUGAGGGAUGUCCAAGGACGUCUGGCGGGAUCUGCUACGGGUAAAAAGGGGGAUGUGCUCAAAUUGUAAAUAGUCUCGACAUAGUCAAUGAUUGCAGAUUCGAC